UCGGUUUAAUACUUUUUGAGUUAUGGGAAUAACACACACACAUACAAAUAAAUAAAUAAAUACACAGCGAUCAAAGCAUAACCUUCCGCAUUCUCAGAAUGCGAAGGUAAUAAUAACCUUUAUAGUGUGUUAUUACAUGUAGUUUCCCAAGUUAAAAUGGCUGUAAAAGACCAUCAAAAUGCCCAAAUAUCAAUACAGUGUAAUUUAAGUAGUAGUAUAUUUGGAAUAAGACCUCUGCAUAAACUUAUGUAUUCUCCCUCUGUCUACAGCUCUCCUGCUCAACUUAGUGUCCGCACAUUGUCCUCAUUCUGUCGAGUCAAGAACCAAACUCAGAGUUAAAGGCACAGUCGGACCCCAACAGAGACUUUAAUUCAUCACCAUUACAGAGUGACUUACUGACCCCACUGCUCUGUAGUGGUCCCAACAUGGGGAAGACUGGGCAGAGUACAGUGGACUUAAACUCCCCAACAGAGAUCAGACAAGCAGUUCCCUUCGAGGAGCUGGAUCCUGUGGCGCACCCUGCGGAUGAAGAGAAAAAGACAGAAGAGCUGCCUGACAGGGGCAGCUGGAAGGGAAGGUUUGAUUUCCUUCUGUCAUGCGUGGGAUAUGCCAUUGGCCUGGGAAAUGUCUGGAGGUUUCCUUAUCUGUGUGGCAAGAAUGGUGGAGGGGCCUUUCUGAUCCCGUACUUUUUGACCCUUGUGUUUGCUGGGACUCCUCUCUUCUUCCUGGAGACGGCUCUGGGGCAGUUCACCUCAGUGGGCGGGCUGGGGGUGUGGAAGCUCCUCCCUAUGAUGAAAGGUGUUGGUAUAGCUGCAGUGGUCCUGUCCUUCUGGCUAAAUAUCUACUAUAUUGUCAUCAUCGCCUGGGCACUCUACUACUUAUUCAACUCCUUUGGUUCGGAGCUGCCGUGGCAAAGCUGUGAUAACCCCUGGAACACAGAGAAAUGUUUUUGCAACCACAGUCUGACCGACACCACCAACCUGACCAGUGCUGUCACAGAGUUCUGGGAGCGUAACAUGCACCAGUUAACCAACGGUCUGGAGGAGCCAGGCGAGGUUCGCUGGCCCUUAGUGGGCACUCUGGCGCUGGCCUGGGUCCUGGUGUAUUUCUCAAUCUGGAAAGGAGUGGAGUGGACAGGGAAGGUGGUGUAUUUCUCAGCCACCUAUCCCUACAUCAUGCUGAUCAUCCUGUUCUUUCGCGGGGUCACUCUGCCCGGAGCCAUAGACGGGAUCCUCUUUUACAUCACGCCUGACUUCAAUAAGCUCACCCAGUCCGAGGUGUGGCUGGAUGCAGCAACUCAAAUCUUCUUCUCCUACGGACUGGGCCUGGGUUCGCUGAUCGCGCUGGGGAGCUACAACACGUACCACAACGACGUAUACAGGGACUCCAUCAUCGUGUGCUUCAUCAACUCCUGCACCAGCAUGUUUGCUGGCUUAGUCAUCUUCUCCAUUGUGGGCUUCAUGGCCCAAAUCACCAAGAAACCUGUGAAGGAAUUAGCAGCAUCAGGUCCAGCUCUGGCGUUUCUCGCCUAUCCUCAAGCUGUCACCCAGCUGCCCAUGUCCUCUCUGUGGGCCAUCCUCUUCUUCUCCAUGCUCAUGAUGCUGGGCCUGGACAGUCAGUUCUGCACAGUGGAAGGCUUCGUCACAGCUCUGUUGGAUGAAUAUCCCUUGGUGCUGAGGAAGAGGAAGAAGAUCUUCAUCCUCAUUGUCUGCUUUAUCUCCUUCAUCAUCGGCAUCUCCAACAUCACACAGGGUGGUCUGUACGUGUUCAAGCUGUUUGAUUACUACUCCGCCAGUGGGAUGUGUCUUCUUUUCCUCGUCUUCUUCGAAACUGUGUCCAUAUCCUGGUUUUAUGGAGCUGACAGGUUUUAUGACAACAUCGAGGACAUGAUCGGCUAUCGGCCAUGUGGCUGGUGGAAGCUCUGUUGGAAGUUCUUCACUCCGCUGAUCUGCCUGGGGGUGUUUACCUUCAGUGCCAUUGAGAUGACCCCUCUGACCUUGGGGAAGUAUGUGUACCCAAUGUGGGGCCAAGUGAUUGGCUGGUUUAUGGCUUGCUCUUCCAUGAUACUGAUCCCAGGUUAUGUCAUCUACAUGUUCUGCUUCACCAAGGGCAGCAUCAAACAGCGUUGGCAGAAGAUGACAACAUCCCGUGAGGAUGAAAGGCCAUCAAAGAACAAAGGAUGUGCACACACAGCGAGCAUGGCUGAAGCUCAUGUCUAGCCAGGAUUGUUCAGGUGGAAAUAAUUCCCGUCUGCCACGACCUAGUCAACACUGAAAUUUGACAAGUGGACAGAUGGAUUCUUGUACAGCAUUUAACUGUGAUGUGUUCAUCCAUUUCAAAGGGUGCUAGAAAAAUUUGGCAAAUGACAGAAGAAGGUGAGGCUUUUCAAUUUUGAUAAAUGUAGAGGAUAGGUGUCCUUUGGCCAUAAAAGAGUGAACGUUUGAAUAUUCUGUGCACAUAUACUAAAUAUAUACCAUUACUGUAUAAAUAAUCAUCCGUGUACAUUUUCUCAACUAGUCAACAAAAUCACUGUCUUUGUCUAUAAACUAACCACAUACGUCUUGAAUGUUGUUGUACAGAAACAUUAAACAAAUCUGAUCAAACUUGAUUGGAGGUGUAAAACUGUAAUGUGUCAAAGAUGAUAUGCUUGUUGUAGCUUAAAGAACCAACCAGACAGCCACUGUGAUAUUUUGUCCGGCAAUAAAUAUUUGGGCCAUCCA